UCGGCCGAUUUUGCCAAUCAGCCGAUUUUCGCGGCAAUGAUGGGCAAAUCGGCCGAUUUUUUUACCGAUAAAAAAAUCUGCGCAUGAGCAGUGAUAUGCAAGAGGAAGACAAAAAGAAGAAAAAGAAGAAGAGGAUGAAGAAGAAGAAGAGGAAGAAGAAGAGGAUGAAGAAGAAGAGGAUGAAGAAGAAGAAGAGGAUGAAGAAGAGGAAGAAGAAGAAGAAGAAGAGGAAGAAGAGGAUGAAGAAGAAGAGGAUGAAGAGGAAGAAGAAGAAGAAGAGGAUGAAGAAGAAGAGGAUGAAG